AUGAGAACCCAGUUGAUCGAUUUAUUGAUCUGGCGCCGGCGUACUGAGCCAUCCAGUCUUGCGUCACUGAUCGAUGAUUGGCCAACACGCCUUAUAACUGUCGCUUGUUCUGCUGCUGCUGCUGCUGCUGCUGCUGCUGCUGCUGCUGCUGCUGCUGCUGCUGCUGCUGCUGCUACUACUACUACUACUACUACUACUACUACUACUACUACUACUACUACUACUACUACUACUACUACUACUACUACUACUACUACUACUACUACUACUACUAUCUCUGACGAUGGACUCCUGCAUGAGUUCGGAAGCCCAGAACAAUAA